AUGUCAAAGAGGAAAACACUUAAAGAUAAUGGAAAUAAUGAAGUAAGUCUUAUAUCAAAUAUAGACAUUCAAGCAUUAAAGAUUUUUUAUGAAGAAGUGUUAAACGCAAAUCUUAAAGUGUUCAGCCAUAUUAAUAUGGAUAUGAUGAAUAUUGAGAAUGGUAAUAACACUAGCAUUGAGAAUAUUAUCGCUGAUGAAUUGACUACAAUGGAUCAACAAACUGAAACUAAUAACUGCAACCUUGAUAUUAAUUCUAGACUUUUUUUAUCACAUUUCAGCAUUACUGAUGAUGCAAGUCGUGAAGAAAAUAAAAUAAUGGUAUGA